AUGUCUUUGGAGGUAGAAUCCGCAGACGUGAUUCGUCUCAUUAUGCAGUACUUAAAGGAAAAUAAUCUGCACCGGACUCUGGCCACCCUGCAGGAGGAGACCACAGUAUCUCUGAACACUGUGGACAGUAUAGAGAGCUUUGUGGCAGACAUAAACAGCGGCCACUGGGAUACCGUCCUGCAAGCCAUCCAGUCUCUCAAGCUGCCAGAUAAGACCCUGAUAGACCUUUAUGAGCAGGUUGUGUUGGAGCUAAUCGAGUUGAGAGAGUUGGGGGCAGCCCGUUCGCUCCUCAGGCAGACUGACCCCAUGAUAAUGCUGAAACAGACCCAGCCAGAGAGAUAUAUCCACCUGGAGAACCUGCUGGCUCGCUCUUACUUUGAUCCCAGAGAGGCGUACCCAGACGGCAGCAGUAAGGAGAAGCGUCGGGCAGCCAUCGCUCAGGCUCUGGCAGGGGAGGUCAGCGUUGUGCCACCGUCUCGUCUCAUGGCUCUGCUGGGACAGUCUCUGAAGUGGCAGCAGCAUCAGGGACUCCUGCCUCCCGGUAUGACUAUCGACUUGUUCAGGGGUAAAGCUGCUGUUAAAGAUGUAGAAGAGGAGCGCUUCCCCACCCAGCUUACCAGGCACAUCAAGUUUGGACAGAAGUCUCACGUGGAGUGUUCCCGAUUCUCCCCUGAUGGUCAGUACCUGGUCACCGGCUCUGUGGACGGCUUCAUUGAGGUCUGGAACUUCACCACUGGCAAAAUCAGAAAGGAUCUGAAGUAUCAGGCUCAAGAUAACUUCAUGAUGAUGGAUGAUGCAGUGUUGUGUAUGUGCUUCAGUCGAGACACUGAGAUGUUGGCUACUGGAGCUCAAGAUGGAAAGAUCAAGGUGUGGAAGAUCCAAAGCGGCCAGUGUCUGAGGAGAUUUGAACGUGCCCACAGUAAAGGAGUCACAUGUGUGAGCUUCUGUAAAGACAGCAGCCAGCUCCUCAGUGCCUCCUUCGAUCAGACAAUCAGAAUCCACGGACUCAAGUCAGGUAAGUCUCUUAAGGAGUUCCGCGGCCACGCGUCGUUUGUCAAUGAGGCCACAUUCACUCCAGACGGUCACCACAUCAUCAGCGCUUCCUCAGAUGGUACAGUGAAGGUGUGGAACAUGAAGACCGCCGAGUGCACAAACACCUUCAAGCCUCUGGGCACAUCGGCCGGCACUGACAUCACAGUCAACAACGUCAUCCUUCUACCUAAGAACCCGGAGCAUUUCGUCGUGUGUAACCGCUCCAACACGGUGGUCAUCAUGAACAUGCAGGGACAGAUCGUGAGGAGUUUCAGCUCCGGUAAGAGGGAGGGUGGUGACUUUGUGUGCUGUACUCUGUCGCCCCGUGGCGAGUGGAUCUACUGCGUGGGUGAAGACUUUGUGCUCUACUGCUUCAGCACAGUCACCGGCAAACUGGAGAGAACGCUGACGGUCCAUGAGAAGGAUGUGAUCGGCAUUGCCCACCACCCCCACCAGAAUCUCAUCGCCACCUACAGUGAGGACGGCCUCCUGAAGCUGUGGAAACCUUGAGGCUGGACGUUGUCACACAGCUCCUGCUUGCCUCACUCUGGACAAUGCUCUGCCUCUUCCGUGUUGUCAUUUUACAGCACCGGGCGACUCAUUCUCUUCCAGGUCUUUGGAGUAUUGGGGUGUUUUCACAGUCGAACCUUAUUUACCUGAAGAAGCUGCUUUCUGUUUGUCCAACAAAAUCCGUUUUGUGCCUGGGUGUCCUGUGGCUUUUAGUAGUUUGGAAAGAAACUUCAAAAUGUGAACCAGACAUUUGAUAAUUAUAAAUAUUCUGCAGCUAAACACAUUAAGAAAGGUGCUUCCAUAUGUGUCCAGAUUUUUAUUCAUCCAUCAUAUCUUUUCUGUUGCAAUAAAAAAAAUAAGGUUCUGCUGUCGAACACCUGAACUUCACAGACAUUUUAUUGCCUUUUUCACAGGCCUGUCACCUCCGGAGGAAGAGGAGGAGCGUUGUUACAUGGUUGGGAUGAGGAGUGUAGAUACUAGACUUUAGUUUUGAAAUACACUUUUUUUGUAAAUAUAUUUUUUAUUAGCAUUUUUCCCCAACAAAACCUGGUUAAAUCGUAUGUGUUUGUGGUUUUUUUUAAAUUCCAACUAGAAUUCUACGGUAUCACUUUAAAGUUCUUAUAUAGUUUCCUGAAAUUGCAUCAUUUUUUACAGCAUGGACAAACAGAAUACAUUCAGUAGUUUAAUAACAGGCCUUUGUCAGUGAGUGCAUGCAUUUGGAGCAGGAUGUAAUAUUUUAAGGUGCUGAAAUUGACCACCAAUGUCUGUGUCAUUAAAUCUGUUUAACCAGAAUAAUCAAGUUUAACGGCAUCAUUACAUUGUGUUUACAUGCCUUGAUGGAGAACUAGAAUAUGGACAAUGUUGGAGAUGAUCUGAAUUAGAAGAAUGUUGAGAAAAUAGUUAUAUGUUUCAGCGACACCGCAUGCCACUGUACAGCCAUUUCUAAAAGUCUUUGUGUGGAGACCUCGGACCUAAAACCUCAAAAUGCCUGUGUUUUUGCCUCUGUUUUCUGCCAGAUCGUUGUCGGUACAGCAGCUCUGCAGAGAGGUGUCAAGUCAGUCAAAAGGGAGAAAUGCCAGGAUUUGAUUACACUUUCAAAAUAAAAGCAUACAUUUUUCACUUUGCCCUAGUA